GGAGCGUUUCUGGGCGCCACGGGUGAAUUUUAAUACUGAAAGUGUCACACGGCACGUACGCCGCCGAAAUGUCUGCUGCGGCCCCAGAAGAAACACCCGAGCUGAGUGUUGAGAGCGAUGCACCGCCCGGGGAGACACAAGGCAACGGCGAGGAGACAGAAAAUGGCCUUACCGAGCCGGAUAAAGAGGAUCCGCGCAGUAGCGUAGAACCGAAAAUGGAAGGGGUGGAGGCGGAGGCCAGGGAAGAGAAGCCCGCUGCAGAGAGACAGGAGGCAGGCGAAGAGAAGCUCGCUGCAGAGAGACAGGAGGCCGAGGCCGAGACCGAGGCCGAGGCGGUGACAGCCUACAGUGUUGAGGUGAACCAGGGGGAGACAGCAGUAGAAGAACCGGAGCUAAAGCCAGAGGAAAAACCAGAGGAAAAACCAGAGGAAAAUCCAGAGGAAAAGCCAGAGGUAAAGCCAGAGGUAAAGCAAAGCGCGGAGGAUGGUAACAACAUACCUGCUGCCAACGAUAACGCAAUAAAAGACGCAAAGGAGCAACCGGGACAGGUAAACUGCGAAAAGAGCAAAGCAGCUUGUGAAGACGGGGAGAAGCCCGGCGGCGGGGGCGGGGAGCUGGACGACAAGAGGCGGCCGAGUGUGGAGAUCUCAUCCUCGGAUGGAGAACCGCUGAGCCGCAUAGACUCGGAGGACAGUAUCAGCAGCACCCUGAUGGAGAUGGAGAGCACGGUGUCCAGUGGGCGCUCCACACCUGCCAUGAUGAACGGACAGAGCAGUGCCAGCUCCUCGGGGGUGAAGACAGUGGGGUACCCCUGCUGCUGGGACCUCUGUUCUCAGUGCUUCAACUCAAGUCCUGACCUGGCAGAACACAUCAGGGCCAUUCAUGUCGACGGGCAGCGAGGAGGGGUGUUUGUGUGUCUAUGGAAGGGUUGUAAGGUGUACAACACACCAUCCACCAGUCAGAGUUGGCUCCAUAGACACAUGUUGACUCACAGUGGGGAUAAGCCUUUCAAGUGUGUAGUCGGUGGCUGCAACGCCAGCUUUGCCUCCCAGGGGGGGCUAGCUCGUCACGUCCCGAGCCACUUCAGCCAGCAGAGCUCCUCCAAGAUGUCCAGCCAGGCCAAACUCAAGGAGGAGUCCCCCUCCAAGGCUGGGCUCAACAAGAGGAAGAAACUCAAGAACAAACGCAGGUGCUCCCUACCGAGGCCGCAUGACUUCUUCGAUGCCCAAACCAUGGACGCUAUCCGCCACAGGGCCAUCUGUCUGAACCUCGCCACCCACAUCGAGAGUGUGGGCAACGGCCACAGUGUGGUCUUCCACAGCACGGUACUAGCCAGAAGGAAAGAGGGAUCUGGCAAGGUGAAGGUCCUCCUGCAUUGGACACCUGAGGACAUAUUACCUGACGUGUGGGUGAAUGAAACGGAGCGGUCGCAGCUGAAGACUAAAGUGGUGCACUUAUCCCAGUUACCGCAGGAUGCUGCCAUGCUGCUAGACCAAAACAUCUAUAGAGGACUUCCUCAAAAGCGACUGAAACGCAGCCUUUAGAGAGUCAUCUGUGGACUCCAUGCUUAAGGGGAAACGCUUGUUCAUAGGAGGUUUGUCUAUAUGGGAUGGGACGCUCUUCAUCUGUGUCUACUCAACGGGGGGAUUGAAGUGGCGAUAAAAGGAAAUGAAACUUGGCCGUGCUGCAUUUUUCUCUCUCUUCACUUUAGUAUAUCUGAAGUGUUGUUCAAGCGUGGUGGAAAACGGGACUUUUACAGUUUUGUUUUUUACUCUUUUUCAUAAAAAACGUAAAAGAAUGUCUUUUUUUUUUUAACAAUAACACCAAACUGAAAAUGUUCUUAAUACCCAAAACUGUACAAACUGUUGUGUGUAACUUUGUCUGAAAAGACAGCAUAUUUUAGAACUGUUUUUGUGUAAAAUAUUUAUGCAGAUUUAUAACUUAUUUUUAUAUCAUGAAUAUGCUGGUGUUCUGUGGAUUUUUGUGAAGGUUUUGCUGAAACCAUAUUUACUGUGAUAAUAUAUGCUAACUGUCACUUGUAGCUGUAUUAUAGCACUUUCUACUUUAGAUAACAUUGUAUAUGACAGAAGUCUUAACUGAUUAUCCUAUUUAUUCUUACUGAAUGCAGUACUUUUACCUGUGUGUAUGACAGCAAAGAGUGAUGUUGUGUUAGUCAUGUCAGACAUGACUCUUAAUCUCACCCAGUCUGCAGAGAGAGCAUAGAAAUGACUCGGCACUCAAAGGGUAAAUCUACGGAGCCCCCUAAGGGACAUGGAGAAGAAAACAAAAUUAUUGGAAUUUUUUUUUUUUGACAUCUCGCAAAACCCCGUUGCAGUUUGUAGACGGUCCCUAAGCAAUCCUCCAGCUGCAGAUUGUGACCAAUUCUUGAAGUUUAGCUCGGAUGACGGCGCGAGCUGUUCUGAUAAAAACGACUCUGUAGCUCGUUAUCUACCUUGCUAUGAUUGUAAAGUCAUGUUGUUUGUAUUUUUACAACGUUAUGUUCAGUUAUUGAUCCGCGAAUUUCGAAUCUGUCAAUAAAAUCUCCAUGUCCCCUAAGGGGCUCCGUAUAAAUCACCUCUGCUUCCCAAGAUAACAUGUACAUAAUUCAUAUCAUAUUUAAGCACUUAAAGGUUAUUGUUAAAAUAAAUGUGUUUUCUUUAAUAUAUGUUGUCCCUGUUUGGAAUGGAUAUUCUCUGUUUGUAAUAAAAUGAGGGCAAAUGA